UGAGUUAAUCCCGGCGCGUGCGGCGAUGGCAAAGUUUGGGAACCGCUUUGCUCUAAAGCCGCAUCUGCGCUCUAAUGCGCGUCGCGAUGAGGAGAAGGGGACGGCGCGCGCGUUCACGCGUCCCCAGGGCGCGCGCACAGCCGGGCGUUACAGCCAACCGCGCAGCGCCCGCCCCGCUCAGCAGCACCGCCCGCCCGAGCCGCGCGUCGCCACGGCAACGCCUUCCUCCCGUCCUCGUCGCGGCUCCUCCUCUUCCUUCCCCCCCCGGCGGCGGCGGCGAUGGAGGCGGCGGCCGCGCGAUGAGGAGACAAAGCAUCACGAAUCGGGCCCAGAAAAAGAUCCCACCAUGCAACCCAACUGCGGCCACCCCCUCGGCCCCCAAGGGACCGGCGACGACUCCUCGCCGCCCCAAAGCGCCCACGCAGCGAUGCUGUCCGGAGAGGGCUCGUGCCACCCGAGCGGAGACGUUUGCAUCCAGCUGAGCUCUGCUGGGGGAGAAGGCAGAGAUAACGCGAGCUGGUGGCGGCCCAGGCCGGGUUCCCAGAGCUGCUCGCAAGGCCACGGCCACAGCGAGGUGGGGAGCCCUGCAGAGCCCGCUCCGGACCCGGAGGAGCGCAGCGGCGGUUCCCUCUCGGAGCUCAGACACCUCCUCCAGUGGCUGCACAGAAGCCUGCCCUAUGUCUUCAUUCUGGCUGUCAAACUGGUGGUGCAGCACCUCGUUGGCCUUUCUCUUGGAAUCGGGCUGCUGACAACUUACAUGUACGCAAACAAAAGCAUAGUCAAUCAGGUUUUCCUAAAGGAACGGUGCUCCAAGCUGCAGUGUGCUUGGUUACUGCUGUACCUCACUGGAUCAUCUCUCCUCCUGUAUUACACCUUUCAUUCUCAGUCGCUGUACUAUAGCUUAAUCUUUUUAAACCCUACUGUGGAUUUCAAGAACUUCUGGGAGGUGCUUUGGAUUGUGGGAGUCACGGACUUUAUUCUAAAAUUCCUCUUCAUGGGCUUCAAGUGCUUUAUUCUCUUGGUGCCUUCUUUUAUGAUGUCCUUUAAAUCCAAGGGCUACUGGUACAUGCUGUUAGAAGAACUCUGCCAGUAUUACCGUAUGUUUGUCCCCAUACCAGUUUGGUUCCGUUAUCUUAUUGGCUAUGGGGAGCCGGACACUGUACUAGGAUGGACCCUUGGGACAUUGCUGGGCCUUUCCUACCUCAUUCUCAAGCUUUUGAGCUUUUUUGGGCAAUGGAGAAACUUCAGACAGGUUUUACGGAUAUUUUGUACACGACCACACUACGGGGUGACAGCGAGCAAGAGGCAGUGCUCUGAAUCAGACGAUAUUUGUUCUAUCUGCCACGCUGAAUUCCAGAAGCCGAUCCUGCUGAUCUGCCAGCACACAUUUUGUGAAGAAUGCAUCUCUUUAUGGUUUAAUAGAGAAAAAACAUGUCCACUCUGCAGAACUGUUAUUUCAGACCAUGUUAACAAGUGGAAGGACGGAGCUACAUCUAUGCGCCUGCAGAUUUUCUAAGCAUGCCCACCAGCUUGUUUUAGUUUGCUCGUUCUGUACAGCUUACUGCAACUGGAAGUGUAGGUGGCACAGGGAAUGAGUUUCCAAAUUCAAGGUAUCUGGGAUUUCUUGCUUCUAGGAAAUGUUCUAAUAUUUAAAACGGCGCAGAGAGGGAUGACUUCUGAAGUACAGGAAAAUAAGUUUAUCAAAUGAAAGCAGGAAAGCCAGCAUUGCUUCUCUUGUGACUCUUUCAGAACACAAGCAAAUCCUCCCAAAACGCUGAGUUAGUGUUUGCAGCAGCUUCUGAAAUCAACACUUAGUUUAAAAGCUUACGUAGUGUUCCAGGUGGUACCAAACUGUAUUUAUCCCUUUAACGUUACCCAUAAACCCAGUGUUAGCAGUAAAUUUUAUACUCUGGACAGCAGUGGGAGCUCAAGCUGCUCAUCACACCUGGCGUUAACGAGCUCUUAAUGCUACAGCAACUUCUUCCUGCAUCAGCGCUCGCAGCUGUCUGGCUGUGCCUGGAGAUAAAGACAAGAUGUUUCUCCUUUAGGUUUGGGUAGAUUUCCAAUUGAUCACAGACUUAAUGCAGAAAAGCAACCGCUGCUGUUAGUUUUUUUUUUCUACGUAGCAUUUGAGGAGAUUGGUAUUUUUAAAACAGAUCUUUAAUACUCUAUUUUUGUCACAGCAGGAGCCAGAUUUUCUUACAGGGGGAGAAUAUUUUAUACUAUACGUGCCAUUUGUAGUAUGCAUAAGAAUCAGAGAGAAUAAACGCGUUUAAAUCUGUUUGUUUGGUGCACAUUGAAUAAAGAAAUGAGAUUUA